GAGAAAUCCUACGUUCUGAUUAGGGCGAGAAUUUAAACGAUGCUCCAUCCGCGAUAGAGGCAUCGGAACCCAGUUCCGAAAUAUAUGAACUCGAAUCGGCUGUUAAGUUUCUUCAAGAAUCAUGGAUUCUCCCUUGGUAUUAUCUCCAAAGAUGGUAGAAAGCGUCGUAGACGGAGCAGAUGGGCCAGCUCUGUUCGUACCCGAAGACAGGAGUCCAGGAAGAACGAGAGACCUAAGAGGGCUUGUAGAAGUCAGAAGAGUUAUGCGCCUCCUAAAAGAGGCAGAGGGCGAGGUGGAGGGAAAAGGAAACUGGACAACGCUGAUUCUCAGCUAUCGAAGAAAGCGAGGAUAGAGCAAGACUUGAGUGCAAUAGAAGCCUCGACUACGGCUGUAAUUACGCUAGAUGAUCCCGGAAUACAUCAGGAACCUUUCGUGAAAUCACCGGAGUUAUACAAAGCUCUCAAGCAACCGGCGAUGGAUUCGAAAAUUGCUAAUUCUCCGGGUAAAGUCGAUGAAACAAUGACGAGAGGAAAGAACGAUGGAGCACUGGCCUCUGAGACGAUAGUGAACGAGGAGUCUCAAGAAAGUGUACUCAGCACGACGACUACAAAGUCAGAGAAAGUGAAAGUGAAAAAUCGAAGGAUGGAAAUUAAUUUUGAUCCAGACGAAGGUCCAUUUACCGUUGACAAGCUCGCUGAAUACGAAUGGCCACUGGAUCACAAGGGUGAAACUUUCAUGAUACAGGAGCAAAUAUCUCAGUACCUUGGAGUGAAAUCUUUCAAAAGGAAGUACCCAUAUCUGAAGAGAAGAGUAGUGGACAUGGAGGAGAGAAAUUAUUUGAGAGAGAACGGACUGGUGAGCGAGGCGAUGUGCGAAAUGGGUUUAACAGCUAUAUGCAGUUCAGAAGCAUUAGACGUAAUGUGCUGCGAUUUUCCUCAUCAAUACGAGGAAUGUCGGAAACACAUGAGCGAGAAACGGGUGAAGGAACAUUUCAAGAAACAGAAAGAGCUAACGGCGGCUGCGAACGCGGAGAAGAACAGGAUCGACCUGGCAGAGAUGGCUGUUCAGUCCGCGCUGUCUUGGAACAUCAGUUUGAACAAAGCUCGGCGAGAGAGCAGGAAAUGUAGCUUAGAUAUACAGACUUUCACGAUACACGUGCCAAAGAAACAGCAGAAAGUUGACGCGGAACGAAGGAUCGGUCACUAUCCCAUUGCUCUGGUACGGGGUCAAUACACGGAUUAUUACCGCAAAUACACGCCAGCGGAAUUACGAUAUUAUCCUCUACUCACCGUCCUUUACAGUUCGAUGAGACCGAACGAGCGUAAAUCCGACGGCCAGUCGGAGGGAUCUCAGAGCGACAGUGACAGCGAUUCGUCGUCGGACGAUUCCAGGUUCAUUCCCUUUUAGUUAACGUUCUGUUCGAUAGAUUUAGCAAACAGAUAGUUGCGUACUUUUGAUAUAGUUCAUCUUCUAGCGAGGGAACGCAGGAUACCGAAGGUUCUCAGUCGACGAUGUGAAUAUGGAAAUUGUUGUAAUAAUUUAAACGAUGAACAAAAUCAUUUCGACCAUUUCUUUUUUACGAGACGAGAAAAUGUAGUUCUGUAAAUAGUUGACAACGUAAAAACUGUGUCGUUAGGCUUUACUCGUGUCUGAUUUCACAUAUAGAUAAAAAUGUACUGAAAUUAUGUAAGCAUCGAAAAAAUAAGUUGGCUUCUUA